ACGAAAACGGCAGGCUGUUUAGCUGUAAAACGUCAGAUAUUUUUAAUACGACGUAGUUUUUGAAGUUUUCGACUAUUGAUCGCUCUCUCUUGCUCUGGGGAGGAGAUUGCUGCUACCUACUGAUGCGAAUCUGCCAUUGAUACAUCUGCUUGAGGUUAGGGCAAAGAUGAGGAAACGCGAUUUAGCAAUUUUGAUGCUCUCUGGAUUUGCUAUAUUCUUCACUCUUCAGCACGAGGGUGAUUUUGCGUUCAAAGAAGCAUGGUUUCAUUUGUAUGAUGAAUACCCAGUCAAAUACGAAGCUGAUCGUCUCCCACCACCUAUUGUAGCUGAUCUUAAUGGUGAUGGAAAGAAGGAGGUUCUCGUUGCUACUAAUGAUGCCAAAAUUCAGGUUCUGGAGCCUCAUUCCAGGCGUGUGGAUGAAGGUUUUAGUGAAGCACGUGUUCUUGCAGAGAUCCCCCUUUUGCCUGACAAGAUCCGUAUUGCGUCAGGGAGACGUGCUGUGGCCAUGGCCACAGGUGUUAUUGAUAGGUACUAUAAAGAUGGAACUCCACAGAAGCAGGUUGUGGUCGUUGUUACCUCAGGCUGGUCUGUACUCUGCUUUGAUCACAACCUGAAAAAGCUGUGGGAAACGAAUCUGCAGGAGGAUUUCCCACAUAAUGCACACCAUAGAGAGAUAGCAAUUUCGAUAAGCAAUUACACAUUGAAGCAUGGUGAUACGGGUUUGGUUAUUGUUGGUGGACGGAUGGAGAUGCAGCCAUAUAAUCACAUGGACCCAUUUGAGGAACUUGGCAUGACAGCACAAAAUGCUGAGCAACACAGAAGAAGUGCUACUGAGAAUCAGGCCUCUGAAGAUUCAGGAGCGAUAAACUUGCGUCACUUUUCUGUCUAUGCAUUUGCUGGCAAGACUGGCCUUCUACGAUGGAGUAAAAAGACUGAUGAUGUUGAAGCUCACACCUCAGAUGCAUCACAGUUAAUUCCACAACACAAUUACAAGCUUGAUGUGCAUGCUCUAAAUAGCCGUCACCCAGGAGAGUUUGAGUGCAGGGAAUUUAGAGAAUCAAUUAUUAGUGUCAUGCCCCACCACUGGGACCGACGUGAAGAUACAUUAUUGAAGCUUGCUCAUUUCAGGCGACACAAAAGGAAAACGUUGAAGAAGCAGGCUGGUAGUAAGUCUACAGCUUAUCCGUUUCACAAACCUGAGGAACACACACCCGCUGGAAAGGACUUGUCAAGAAAGAUUCCUAAAUUGAUUGGAAAGGCUGCACGCUAUGCUGGCUCGGCAAAAGCCAAGAAGGGUAUGCAAUACAUUCCGACUAUAACUAAUUACACGAAGCUUUGGUGGGUUCCUAAUGUUGUUGUGGCUCAUCAAAAGGAAGGAAUUGAAGCUAUUCAUUUGCCUACUGGUCGAACACUUUGCAAGCUUUCUCUACUUGAAGGUGGACUUCACGCCGACAUAAACGGAGAUGGUGUACUCGAUCAUGUCCAGACUGUUGGAGGCAAUGUUGGAGAGAGAACUGUAGUGAGCGGAUCAAUGGAAGUGUUGAAGCCUUGCUGGGCAGUGGCAACCUCAGGUGUUCCCAUCCGCGAACAGCUCUUUAACGUCUCGAUCUGCCAUCACUCCCCUUUCAACUUCUUGCACUAUGGAGGAGAUUAUUCACGACACUUCGCCCAGGCAAGAGACACCUCUACUCUGGAGAUCGCAACUCCCAUUCUCAUCCCCAGAGACGAUGGACACAAACACCGCAGAGGAAGUCACGGAGAUGUAAUCUUCUUAACAAACCGUGGAGAGGUGACAUCAUACACGCCUGAUGUGCACGGCCACGACGCAGUCUGGCAAUGGCAGCUUCAGACAGAAGCCACAUGGUCGAAUCUCCCGUCUCCAUCUGGUUUAACUGAAUCAGGGACUGUGGUCCCAACCCUGAAACCGUUCUCGUUGCGCAUUCAUGAUAACCAGCCUAUGAUCCUUGCCGGAGGAGAUCAAGCAGCAGUCAUCAUCUCUCCGGGAGGAAGCAUAUUAGCUUCCAUCGAGUUACCGUCUCAGCCGACUCAUGCACUUAUCACUGACGACUUCUCGAACGAUGGUCUAACGGAUGUGAUUGUGAUGACAUCAAAUGGGGUUUACGGGUUCGUUCAAACCAGACAGCCAGGGGCUCUGUUCUUCAGUUCGUUGGUGGGUUGUCUCUUAGUAGUAAUGGCAGUUAUUUUCGUUACUCAACACUUAAACUCCAUUCAAGGUCUGGUUAUCAGCGCUUCACCCGCAUCGGUUUUGGUAAACCGGACAGGUCACUGUUAUACCGGUGUAGAUUCAGUGCCGUAUUUCCUGGUUUCAGCUGUAUAACUUUAUACUUUGUAGAAGUAAAAAUGGUAGAGGAGAAUAUAGGACUUUAUGUUUC